GUGGAUGCUGGCAGCACCAACGGCACAAAACUGAAUGGUGUCGUGAUCAGCCUGCCAGACCGGAAGGCCAGUGAACCCCGCACCCUGCAGGACGGAGACAUCAUCACCAUCGCGGAAGAAAUUCGGCUGCAGGUUGCGCUGCACCCUGCAGGUGUUGUGCCUUCCAAGAAGAGAAGCCAGUCUUCCGAAUCACUUGACAAGGAGAAUCGAAGCCUGUCGGUUGCCCCAAGGAGCGGCUGUGUUUCACUUUUGGGUGUUUCUUCAUCACGUGGUGCCACGGUCCAGAAUCUCAGGGAACCACUGCUUGGCCAACCGCCUGCACCACCCAAGGCCAAGGUGUUGGAGUACCAUUUUCCUGGCCUCGAGGCGGACUUUGCCAUAGCUAGUCAGGUUGGAUCUCAUCAUUGGCACAACGACCAAGGCUCAGAUGAUGUAGCUUACUGGGAAGUGCCAUUUGCAAAUCUUGAGAAGACCGGCCUGUUUGGGGUGUGUGAUGGGCAUUUUGGUACAAAAGCUGCCCAACAAGUACAGCAGCAGCUGCCCGGGGCGCUGCGCAGUGCACUGGUGAUGGGCUCCUCAAGUGGCCUGCUGGGGAGGAAGGGCUGUGGGGAGGCUCUCACGAGUGCGUUCCUGGAAGUGGACGCGCGCAUGCACAUGGAGGAGGGUGCUACUGCCACCGUGCUUUUGGCAGAGAGGCAGGCAGAUGGGGGCGUGGCACUGCAGGUCGCCAAUGUUGGGGAUUCCGGUGCUCUGUUGAUCGACCCGGACAGGCAUGGGUACCUCGUGAUGACUGCAGACCACAGGGUUUCAGCCCCGGCAGAGACCAGCCGACUGCUUGACAAGGGCACCCAACUCACCCACAACAACACGCGCAUGUACAUGCUCAACCUUGCGAGGGCCAUGGGGGACAGCACCUUCAAGGACAUGGACAUAGGCCUCAUCGCGGAGCCCUAUGUCAGCCAACUGCACUACUUCACGUCGUUUCAGAAAGCCAUCGUGGUGAUGGCCUCCGAUGGCUUGUGGGAUGCUGUCUCUGAGACGGAAGUUGUGCCCAGCGUCAUGCGGAUGGCUGGGAGGUCCAGAGUGGGCAUGCGGGAUGUGGCGCACAACCUCCUCAAGGCUGCCAUCGAGAGGGGCGCUUCAGACGAUGUGACUGUGUGCGUGGUGCGUUUCUGGCCAGCCGCAUCAGCAUCAUGGAGGCCAUAA